AGCUCCACGACAGCAGGAUUACAGAUGCUCGGUUAGCUUGUCACCGUUUUACUUGUUUUCUGUCGGGAAUCUUUCGCUGCUGUCGCCCGGAGAGACACAAGCCGCCGGAGUGUCGUCGACUUUCAGCAACAGGAACAUCUUUUCAAUGCAACGCUGAACGUGUUGAACCAGUUCACCUGCAAUAAGGGUACUUGGUUGAAGCCACAAUGCCUGAGCCUGCUGACAUGAUUAACUUGGGGUUCCUGUCGGACUCUGAGCGGGAAUUAAUCCUGGAGGUGCUGCGACGGGACGAGGAGCUGAGGCUGGCUGAGGAGCAACGUGUGCGGAAGUUGAAGACAGAGUUGAUGGAAGUGAAGAGGAAAGGAGCCAAACGUGGCAGUGGUAGAUACAGUCAGUAUAUUUGUGCCCGAUGUCUGGAGCCUCUGACUCGACUGGCUGUUUUCUCCAGCCAGUGUAGGAUAUGCAAUCACCAUGUCUGCCGCAACUGCCGAAGAGUUAUGCCCAACGAUUCCUGGGUGUGCAACGUGUGUGCCAAAGAAUCGGAUCUGAAGAAAAGGACAGGUGACUGGUUCUAUGAUCAAAGGUUCAACCGUUUUUCUACAGCGCCUGGACAUGACCUAGUGAGGGUCUCCCUGAAAAAGAGGCCGGCAUCAAAGAAACAUGAGACAGCAGGACAAACGCUCUUGAGAAGUACAGAAAUAAACCAACAUCUUGCCAGUGCUGUGCCCCAGCCCAGACAGAAAAACCUGACAUUUCAUCUAAGUGAGAAAUCAGGAUCCAUCACUUCAAAAGAAUCAUUUGAAUCGAGGGACGAGGUCUGGUCAAGGCCAGUUCGCAGUGACACAGAGUCUGCAGAAAAUGCCAGUAUAGCGAGCAGCAAGACUGAGACUGAGACUGAGUCUGGCCGUGGGACCCCUGAGCAACCAAGAACAGAAAACCAACCGGUUCGGUCCAGUCCAACAGGAUCUCAUGUUUCCAGUACGACUGCCGCAGUCAGAGCCGAUACUGUCAAAGCUGCAAGUGCCAACUCAGACGCAAACACAGUUCCAGAAGUAAAACCGGUCAAUCCGAGCCCAGAGCUGGAGGUUGACAGACUCUUCAAGAAGAGCGUCAGACGAGCCCCAAACCCUCCCGAGUACGUCUCAACACUGGAUCUGCGUGAUGGAUGUCACAAAUCAGAGGCCUCGAUGGGCAACAGGAGCCGUUCUGUACCAGGCUUAGAUUUACAGGAAGAUGAUCAUGAUGAUGAGGAGGAGGAGGACGAGGAUAUUGACAGAUUAGUGAGCUUUCAUAAAAGGACAACAGCCUCGAGUUCCUCCAGCCUGCGUAGCUCAAAGAGCACACUGGGCAGCCUGAUGAGUAUUUACAGUGAGGCAGGAGACUAUGACAGCGUCGAGGUGAGCGGAGACAUCAUCUUCUCUGUGAGCUACGAGGAACAAACCCAAACUCUUCAGGUCUUCGUCAAGGAGUGCCACAAGCUGGCUUUUGGCGAUGCUUCACGGCAGCUGUCCAACCCUUAUGUCAAAUGUUAUCUGCUCCCUGACAAAUCUCGCCAGAGCAAAAGGAAGACCAGCAUCAAGAGAAACACUAUCAACCCCGUCUACAAUGAAACAUUAAAGUACUCCAUCCACCGUUCUAAGCUGUUCACUCGCUCCAUGUUGAUAUCAGUCUGGCAUCACGGUCGCCUCAGCCGCAACGCCUUCCUGGGAGAGGUGGAGAUCCCUCUGGACUGCAGAGACCUCGACUCCCCGCAGGAAGACUGUAUGGCUCUCCUGCCAAAGGCAGCCUCUGUUGUGCCAGCUUCAGCUUUUGCUCAGUACAAAGGAGAGUUGGUGAUCUCGUUGAAGUAUGUCCCACCUAAAAAGCCACCAACUGAGAAAAUCAAAGGAAAAAAAGCAGUACCUGAUGAAGGGGGCGAGCUGCACGUUAUAAUUAAGGAGGCAAAAAAUUUGAUGGCAAUGAAACCAGGAGGCACAUCGGAUAGCUUUGUAAAAGGGUACCUGUUCCCAACAAAAGCAAAGACCACAAAGAGGAAGACUUCGGUCGUGAGGAAGAAUCUGAACCCUCACUAUGACCACACGUUUGUGUAUAAGGAUUUGGCUCUGGAGAAUCUGAAGGGGAUGUGUCUGGAGCUGACAGUGUGGGACAGAGAGGCCAUGCUGAGCAAUGAAUUCUUGGGAGGAGUCCGCCUCAGCUCUGGAAGAGGCACUGUAAAAAUAGGAAAGGAGGAAAUGGAGUUGGACUCGGUUGGAGAGGAGGUCAGCCUGUGGCAGAAGAUGAUGCAGUAUCCUGACUCGUGGGCAGAGGGCGCUCUUCCCCUGCGUUCCACUAUGGGGAAGGCCAAGGGCAAAUGAGGACAGCACAGGCCCAAACCCUCAAAAAUAUUCCAGGGGCUGAAGCAGAGAGAAGCUGGGGUGUCUGAGACAAACAUGAGAUUUUGGAUUCAUUGUAGCAUUUUAUCAGACCAAAAGCUUGUCUACUAAAGUGAGUAGUCCCACGGUUCAUUGGCCGACUGAACACUACACACCGGCUCAUCCUUUAACACGCCCCCCGACUGCAGACUGUUGUUGAAAAUGUGCCAAAGUGUCGCAACACUAAAUUUAUCUUAAGAGCAUGGACACAGCCACUUUAUAUUUUUAAAAUGUAGACUGUAUAUAUUAUUGUAGUUUGAAUUUAUGCACAGAACUUAGCACAGAAACAGUGUCUUAAUUUGUCACCCUUUUCACAUACAUGGGAAAACAACACAUUCUAAACUGGUAUUGGACAAAACUUGUGUUGCGUUCAACAAUUUAUGCUUAAUUUAAUCCAUAUUAUAUUUUACAUUAAUAUAAAACUGUAUUUAUAUUACAAGCCUUUAUAUGAAGCCAUUAAAUUUGUCUGUUUUAAAUUUUAAGAUUUUAACUUUUAACCCCUCAGUGGAGUGUGAUCAGAGUCACGUUUACGUCAAGGUUGCCUUGAAUAUUCUGUUCACCAAAUAAAAAGUAACUAAACCAA